GAUUCUGGUGCACAGCAACGGCUGCAAUCUCGAUGGCAUUCCCAGUAUCACCGGCUUUGGUUAUGCAAGUAGAUACGGAUCUUGUGGGCACCUAUGCUUUGAUUCUUGUGGAGUAAUAUCUCUCAUUCCGGCUGCUUCGUGGCACCCUUGUUAGGCCCACGACCAUGGAUGCACAGCAGCACAUCUUCGCUGCCUCCCAGAGCCAGGCCUGAACCACGAAUCAUGUUGUGUGCCUCCCCAAGGCUGUUUCAGGGUCAUUCCGAACACUGGUUCCUUUCCGUUGACUUGACGUUCCACAGAGAACGUCAUGCACGGGCAUCUCUAUGCACACACUUAAAGGCUUACCAAGAAUACUCGAGCAUUCUUCGUUGUCUAGCUAGUCUUCUCCUCUCAGCACUCAGUGCACAUAUAGCUGAGCGCGGCUGUCUCAUAGCACUUCGCCGAACGUCUCCAACAUCAUUUCCUUCAACAUGCAGGCCUUCCCAAAGUCGACACCGUCCUCGAGACGAUCGUCGAUCACACAGGCCGCUUUCAAUGCCAGUCAAUAUUCCUUCGCCGAGACAGCGGUACAGUCACCUAAUGCUUCUUGUGCAACAUUCGCCCCCGCCCAGUCUUCCUCCACUCUGGCUGUCAAUGGCCCUCCGCCGUCAAAGCCUUCUUCACUGAAGUGUAGAGAAGGCCCGACACCUCACGUUGAACGUCAAGUCAGCUUUGGUCAACAACUGCAGCAGAUUACCACCUCUGAUUUCCCCUCAAACAAGGAUCGGCCAAUCCGGCCAACCCUUCAAUCGUGCCCCUCUGAAUUCUCGACAACGCCUUCAGAGAAAUGGACACGAACAAAAGGCUUCUGGCGCUCUUUCAUUGCGAUGUGCUUGCCGUUGCUGCUGUCCGCUCUUGAAGGCAGCGUCACGAACACUGCCCUACCCACUAUCUCAGACGCCCUCAAUCUCGGCACCAAAUUUUCAUGGGUCGCUACAGCUUUCCUCCUCGCAAGCACAAUCUUCCAGCCGCUGUACAGCCAGCUUGGUGAUAUGUGGGGGAGGAAGAUUCCAAUGAUGACAGCCGUUACUGUCUUCGCUAUUGGGAGCGCCAUCUGCGGCGUUGCUAACUCAGGUGCCGUUCUUAUCUUCGGAAGAAUCGUACAGGGGUUCGGAACAGGAGGUAUCGAUUUGUUUGCUGAGAUGAUCCUCUGCGACAUCGUCCCGCUGAGGAAGCGUGGGCCGUACCUUGCCAUCAAGCACAUUGUCUUCUCCAUCGGCACCUGCCUCGGACCACUUCUUGGAGGCGUCUUCGCGGAGCUCAACUGGCGAUGGUGCUUCUACGUCAACAUCCCUGUCUGCUUCGUUGCCUUUGUCAUCAUCUACCUGUGGCUCGAUGUCGGCGGAGGCAUGAAGGCUCAAGAGUGUUCCGUGCUGGAUGAGCUCAAGAGGGUCGAUUACCUCGGCACUGGACUCCUCACCUUCUCCGUGGUCAUGCUGCUCAUCUCGCUCAGCACAGGAGGUGCACCGAACCCAUGGUCUCACUGGUCUGUCAUCACGCCUGGAGCAUUGGGCCUUGUGGGUUUCGUCGGGCUCGCCUUUUGGGAACGCUCUGCGCGCUGCAAAUACCCCAUUAUGCCGCCGCAUGUGUUCUCGAACCGCACGACGGUCAUCUCCUUCGCCCUGACAACCAUCCACGGCUUCAUCACCUACGGCUUCCAGUUCUAUCUCCCGCCCUUCUUUCAGGCUGUGAAGGGAUCUUCCCCAAGCCAAUCGGGUGUCGAAGUCAUGCCCACCACACUCGCCGUCGUGGUAUGCGCUGCCGUCGGUGGCCCGCUCAUGAGCCUCUGGGGUAAGUACAAGCCCAUGCACAUCAUCGGUUUCGGUAUUAUGACCACCGGCUUGAGUCUAUGCGUGCUCCUGGGUCCCUCAACCCCAAUCUCAGUCUGGCUCGUGCUCCAGCUUGUCGUCGCUGGCGGUCUUGGAAUAGUCAUCUCCACCAUGCUGCCAGCCGUGCAAGUCAAACUGCCGGAGAGCAGUACGGGCGCCGCCGCCGGCUCAUGGGCUUUCCUCCGCGGCACCGGAUCCCUCUUCGGUGUCGCCAUCCCCGGCGCCGUGUUCAACGUGCGCUUCACCUCGCUUCUCCCCACCAUCGGAAGCAAGACUGCGCAGUCGCAGCUCGCCAAGGGCCAAGCAUACCAACACGCAUCAGCGGCCUUUGUCAGCAGCUUCGGCGCAAAGAACCAGGUGCAGAUCGUCAACGCGUUCAACGAGAGUCUGAAGAGCGUGUGGAUUGUGUAUGCGGUGCUGGCCGGCAUCGGGUUCCUCAUGACGUUCGGCGAGAAGCAGUACAAGAUGCGCAAGCAGCUCAACACCAAGUACGGGCUCAAGAGCGCGUCGCAGACGCCUUCGCAGACACCGUCGCCAAUCGACAUGCCGAAAGGACUUCCCACGGCGAUUUCCACACCCGGGUUCACGCGAUGCGACGGCACGGCGGAGUACCCGAUGAUGGACAUUCCCUUGCAGGAGCGCCCAAAGGAGACUGUUUAAGACGAGACCAGAGUGGUGCUGUGGUGUAUAGUAUGGUAGACGGUGUAUAUGGGACGGAGGAUAUACCCUGACGUCGAUUCCGAUUUCUUCAGACUUAUUUCUCAGAUUGCUCAACGGGUUUACUGUUUUUUUCUGUUUCUCCAGCCGCGCUUUGUAACU